AUGGACGGCGGUGCGAAGCAGGACGAGAUGGCCAACCGACUCAAGCGUGAGGUCAAAAAAAGCCGUCGGGAUCGUGAUCUGGGGCAUCGCCACGCAAUCGUCGAACCAACCACAGACGGCAAUCAAAAAAGAUUUGAGCAGUUUGCUAUCUCAGAGACUCAAAGAGACAGUAAUGACUCACAGGAACCGCGGUCAGAGACCGCCAACACGCCACUCCAGCGUGAGCAUGAUUGCAAGCUCGCCAGCAAGCAUUUUUCCGGAAACAUGAAUUUCGCGCGGUCUGACACUAUUCUGCUCACGUUCCACCUCGAAUAUAUACUACCAUUCCUAUUUCCAUUCUAUAAUCCCUCUAUGCUAGAAGGAGGAAGAUCCUGGAUCCUGGAAAUGAUGAUUAGUAGUCCGGUUGUACGGCAGGCUACCUUGUGCCAGAGUUCCUAUUUUUUCUCACUGGCGCGUGGAGUUCCCAGUGACGACUUAACCUGGGAAACGGUCUUAGCCCAGACAAGGGAUGCCUUCAGCAUGUUACGGCAGUCGCUACAGUUCAUCCAUGGUUCGAGCAUUACUGAACAUCUACACGGCGCUGUACGAAUACUGUCAAGCAUCAUGCAAAUACAGCGUUUUGAGGUCGCUGUUUUGAGUUUUGAAAACUGCCAGCCACACCUCAAUGCCGCCUUGGCUCUGUUCAGACAACUUCUCGACAGCUGUGAGACUGUCGAACCAACUGGAAACAGGUCAAAGUUUUCUUCUGUUAUCUCUCUGCUCGGGCCAGCGACGCGACUCUUGCCUUCUCAGAGUGUUUAUGUUCCGAGUGCAGAACAAGCGGCCUUUCGUUUCUCGUCCGCACUCUUACUAUAUGAUGAUAUCAUUGCCAGCACGGUUUCCCAACAGCAGCCUAAACUCUAUGAGUAUCAUCAAUGCCUUCUCAAUAGCUCGGAUGGCACGGAACCGAUUAUUAAUUUCGAGACUGUCAUGGGUUGCCAGAACUGGGUGUUGCUUCACAUCAGCGAAACUGCUACGCUUGACAUGUGGAAACAAGGAUGCCAAAGUGCCGGGAAUCUCAGUAUGCUAGAUCUAGUUCAUCGCGCAACACCGAUCAAGGAUUCUUUGGAAAGACAACUUACUCAGCUUGAAGAGGACAUGGUAGACCCUGAUUCUCGACAGCCCAGCAGCCUUCUGGAGAGGUUCACGACAGGAGACUCUCACCCAAAGACAUCCUCUGCUCAGACCGCGUUGGUCACCCAAAUCUGGGCACAUGCGACGCUUCUAUAUCUGUCUGUCGUUGUCACUGGAUGGCAGCCUGCCAGUAUCGAUGCCCGCUAUCAUGUUGAUAAGAUAAUCGAGCUAUUGACGUUCCGAAUUUCCCCUCCAGCAUUGCUUCGCGCGAUUGUGUGGCCCUUCUGCGUGGCAGGCUGCCUUGCGGAACCAGUGCGGAUACCUCAUUUCCGCGCUAUAGCAGAUGCCCUACAGCCGUCAAGCAUCUUUGGUACGGUACGCAAAGCAUUGGAAAUCAUGGAGGACGUAUGGCGUAAUCAAGAUGCAGCAGAUAAUUUGAGCCGCGAUCUCGCUACGUGCUUUAGAAACCAAGGUGAUCUCGUACUGCUUGUCUAA